AUGGCGGAGGCGGGGGAGGCGGCCGUGCUGGCCUGGAUGGACCAGGCGCUCGACGUGGCUAAGGAGGCGCUGGAGAAAGGGGAGGUUCCCGUGGGCUGCCUGCUGGUCUACAACGGCGAGGUCAUAGGCAGGGGCAGGAACGAAGUCAACGAGACGAAGAACGCUACUCGACAUGCAGAAAUGGUGGCAAUCGACCAGGUCCUUGAGUGGUGCAAGCAGCACAAGAGGGAUUAUCGGGAGGUGUUCCCGCAGCUGGUGCUGUACGUAACUGUGGAGCCCUGUAUCAUGUGUGCAGCUGCUCUGCGCUUGAUGAAAAUUCCACGGGUUGUGUACGGCUGUCGAAAUGAGCGAUUUGGCGGCUGUGGCUCCGUUUUGAGCAUCUCAUCUGAUGAUAUGGUGGACUCAGGAGACCCAUUUGAAUGCUCUUCUGGCUAUCGUGCUGAAGAAGCAGUGGAAUUGUUAAAAGCUUUUUACAGACAAGAAAAUCCCAAUGCACCAAAAUCCAAAGUACGGAAAAAGGAUCGUCGUCAGUAGCCCUACACUUACCAAAAAAUAAUAUGUGAAGGUUUCUUCAGCAUGCUGCUUUUUGAAAAUGUGCAGUUCAAUCAAACUAUGUUUCAUUUUCUCUUCAGAGUUUUUACUAAUAGGAUACUUAGUACCUGUUCCUACGUUUUUAUAUUUAUGGUUUCUUGUUACCAUGACAAAUCAAGAGUAAAUGGCUGUUUUUAGAAAGAGGAAAAUUGGUGGUUCAAGUCCACUUGUUUACAGACAGAUCCAUUAAAAUGGUGCUUCUGUACAGUACAUUCUAGAAUAUUUUUUUCCUUCUGUGUGUGGAGAAGCAUCUUGCUUUUCAAUAGCAAAUGUUUGCUUAGGCAAGCAAGCAACUCUCUUAGAAGGUUACAUUUGUAAGUCCUUUACAGUCUGUGUGUGUAUGUUCAUUCAAAAGGCAUAUAAAGGAAUUGGACAGUC